CCCCUGUAGCAGGCCCAGCCACACCGGGAUGCAGGAGGCUGGCUCAUGGGCUCCCUGAGGAAGAUGAGCAGCUCCUUCAAGCGGGGCUCGCUCAAGAGCUCCACGUCGGGGUCCCAGAAGGGUCAGAAAGUUUGGAUAGAGAAAACCUUUUGCAAACGGGAAUGUAUCUUUGUAAUUCCCAGCACGAAAGACCCUAACAGGUGUUGCUGUGGCCAGCUUACCAACCAGCAUAUUCCCCCUCUGCCGAGUGUAACACCCAGCAAAAAUGGAGAGGAAAACAAACUGGCAGAGACCCAGCCCGAAAAGUGGUCUGUCGGCAAACACACCCAGAGCUACCCAACAGAUUCCUAUGGGAUUCUCGAAUUCCAGGGUGGUGGCUACUCCAAUAAAGCCAUGUAUAUCCGUGUGUCCUAUGACACCAAGCCAGAUUCGCUGCUCCAUCUCAUGGUGAAAGACUGGCAGCUGGAACUCCCCAAGCUCCUAAUUUCCGUGCAUGGAGGCCUUCAGAACUUUGAGAUGCAGCCCAAGCUGAAGCAGGUCUUUGGGAAAGGCCUGAUCAAGGCUGCCAUGACCACGGGGGCCUGGAUCUUCACUGGGGGCAUCAGCACAGGUGUCAUCAGCCAUGUGGGGGAUGCCUUGAAAGACCACUCUUCCAAGUCCAGAGGCCGAAUCUGUGCUAUAGGAAUUGCUCCAUGGGGCAUCGUGGAGAAUAAGGAAGACCUGGUUGGAAAGGAUGUAACAAGAGUGUACCAGACCAUGUCCAACCCUCUCAGUAAGCUCUCUGUGCUCAACAACUCGCACACGCACUUCAUCCUGGCUGACAACGGCACCCUGGGCAAAUACGGUGCUGAGGUAAAGCUGCGGAGGCAGCUGGAGAAGCACAUCUCUCUGCAGAAGAUCAACACGAGACUGGGGCAGGGGGUGCCCCUCGUGGGCCUCGUGGUGGAAGGGGGCCCCAACGUGGUCUCCGUGGUCUUGGAAUACCUCCGAGAAGACCCUCCAGUCCCUGUGGUGGUUUGUGACGGCAGCGGACGUGCCUCAGACAUCCUAUCCUUUGCACACAAGUACUGCGAAGAAGGCGGGAUAAUAAAUGAGUCCCUCAGGGACCAGCUUCUAGUCACCAUUCAGAAAACGUUUAAUUACAACAAGACACAGUCACAUCAGCUGUUUGCAAUUAUAAUGGAGUGCAUGAAGAAGAAAGAACUUGUCACCGUGUUCAGAAUGGGUUCUGAGGGUCAGCAAGACAUUGAGAUGGCCAUUUUAACUGCCCUGCUGAAAGGAACAAAUGUAUCGGCUCCAGAUCAGCUGAGCUUGGCCCUGGCUUGGAACCGCGUUGACAUAGCUCGAAGCCAGAUCUUUGUCUUUGGGCCCCACUGGCCGCCCCUGGGAAGCCUGGCCCCACCGACAGAUAGCAAAGCUACGGAGAAGGAGAAGAAGCCACCCACAACAACCACCAAGGCGGGGAGAGGGAAAGCAAAAGGAAAGAAGAAAGGGAAAGUGAAAGAGGAAGUGGAAGAAGAAACAGACCCCCGGAAGAUCGAGCUGCUGAACUGGGUGAAUGCUUUGGAGCAAGCGAUGCUGGAUGCUUUAGUCUUAGAUCGUGUGGACUUCGUGAAGCUCUUGAUCGAAAACGGAGUGAACAUGCAGCACUUUCUCACCAUCCCGAGGCUGGAGGAGCUCUACAACACGAGACUGGGUCCACCAAACACACUUCAUUUGCUGGUGAGGGAUGUAAAAAAGAGCAACCUUCCGCCUGACUACCACAUCAGCCUCAUAGACAUAGGGCUCGUGCUGGAGUACCUCAUGGGAGGCGCCUACCGCUGCAACUACACGCGGAAAAGCUUUCGCACCCUCUACAACAACUUAUUUGGACCAAAGAGGCCUAAAGCUCUUAAACUUCUGGGAAUGGAAGAUGAUGAGCCUCCAGCCAAAGGGAAGAAAAAGAAAAAGAAGAAAAAGGAGGAGGAGAUUGACAUAGACGUGGAUGACCCCGCGGUGAGCCGGUUCCAGUACCCCUUCCACGAGCUGAUGGUGUGGGCCGUGCUGAUGAAACGGCAGAAGAUGGCAGUCUUCCUCUGGCAGCGGGGGGAGGAGUGCAUGGCCAAGGCCCUGGUGGCCUGUAAGCUCUACAAGGCCAUGGCCCACGAGUCCUCCGAGAGUGAGCUGGUGGACGACAUCUCCCAGGAUCUGGACAACAACUCCAAAGACUUUGGCCAACUUGCCGUGGAGCUGUUAGAUCAGUCCUACAAGCAUGACGAGCAGAUCGCCAUGAAACUUCUGACCUAUGAGCUGAAAAACUGGAGCAACUCGACCUGCCUCAAGCUGGCUGUGGCAGCCAAGCACCGGGACUUUAUCGCUCACACCUGCAGCCAGAUGCUACUGACUGACAUGUGGAUGGGGAGGCUGCGAAUGAGGAAAAACCCUGGCCUGAAGGUCAUCAUGGGGAUUCUUCUUCCCCCGACCAUCUUGUUUUUGGAAUUUCGCACAUACGAUGAUUUAUCAUACCAAACAUCCAAGGAAAAUGAAGAUGGCAAAGAAAAGGAAGAGGAGAAUAUGGACACAAAUGCAGAUGCUAGCUCCAGGAAGGGCGACGAGGAGAAUGAGCACAAAAAGCAGAGAAGCAUCCCUAUUGGGACAAAGAUCUGCGAAUUCUACAAUGCUCCCAUCGUCAAGUUCUGGUUUUACACGAUAUCAUACUUGGGCUACCUACUGCUAUUUAACUAUGUUAUCCUGGUGCGAAUGGAUGGAUGGCCAUCUCUCCAGGAGUGGAUCGUCAUCUCCUACAUCGUGAGCCUGGCGUUAGAGAAAAUACGAGAGAUCCUCAUGUCAGAACCAGGCAAACUCAGCCAGAAAAUAAAAGUCUGGCUUCAAGAGUACUGGAACAUCACGGACCUCGUGGCCAUUUCCACGUUCAUGAUUGGAGCAAUCCUUCGCCUGCAGAACCAGCCAUAUAUGGGCUAUGGCCGAGUGAUCUACUGUGUAGAUAUCAUCUUCUGGUACAUUCGUGUGCUGGACAUCUUUGGUGUCAACAAGUAUCUGGGGCCCUACGUGAUGAUGAUUGGAAAGAUGAUGAUCGACAUGUUGUAUUUUGUGGUCAUCAUGCUGGUCGUGCUGAUGAGCUUUGGAGUAGCCCGUCAAGCCAUUUUGCACCCAGAGGAGAAGCCUUCUUGGAAACUGGCCCGAAACAUCUUCUACAUGCCCUACUGGAUGAUCUAUGGAGAGGUGUUUGCAGACCAGAUAGACCUCUACGCCAUGGAAAUUAAUCCUCCUUGUGGUGAAAACCUGUACGACGAGGAGGGCAAGCGGCUUCCCCCGUGCAUCCCGGGCGCCUGGCUCACGCCCGCCCUUAUGGCGUGCUACCUGCUGGUGGCCAACAUCCUUCUGGUGAACCUGCUCAUUGCUGUUUUCAACAAUACCUUCUUUGAAGUAAAGUCAAUAUCCAAUCAAGUGUGGAAGUUCCAGCGAUAUCAACUGAUCAUGACAUUUCAUGACAGGCCAGUCCUGCCCCCGCCAAUGAUCAUUUUAAGCCACAUGUAUAUAAUCAUUAUGCGUCUCAGUGGUCGCUGCAGGAAAAAAAGAGAAGGGGACCAAGAGGAACGGGACCGUGGAUUGAAGCUGUUCCUCAGCGACGAGGAGCUGAAGCGGCUGCACGAGUUCGAGGAGCAGUGCGUGCAGGAGCACUUUCGGGAGAAGGAGGACGAGCAGCAGUCGUCCAGCGACGAGCGCAUCCGCGUCACCUGCGAGAGAGUUGAAAACAUGUCAAUGAGGUUGGAAGAAAUCAAUGAAAGAGAAAAUUUUAUGAAAACUUCCCUACAGACUGUCGACCUGCGACUUUCUCAGAUGGAAGAAUUAUCUAGCAGAAUGGCGAAUGCUCUUGAAAAUCUGGCUGGAAUCGACAAGUCUGACCUGAUACAGGCCCGGUCCCGAGCUUCAUCCGAAUGUGACGUGACCUAUCUCCUCAGGCGGAGCAGCAUCAACAGCACCGACGGCUACAGCAUGUACCGGUAUCAUUUCAACGGAGAGGAGUUAUUGUUUGAGGAUACUUCUCUCUCCAUGCCACCAGGGACAGGAUUCAGGAAAAAAACCUGUUCCUUCCGUAUGAAGGAAGAAAAGGACGCGAAAACGCAUCUGGCCCCAGCACGCCAGGACAGCCUGCACCUGUCGCCCAGCGCAAGCGCCCCGACGUCACCCGACCGCGGCCGCCUGGCGGUGGAAGACCUGCAGAGCUCUGCGGGGCCCAAACUCGGUCCAGACGUCGAGAUCUCAACCGAAGACGAGGAACGGCAGGCCGGCUCUAAAAAAGAAGAAACUGGUUCCCCGAGUUUAAAUCAAACAGAAGUUAUGCACGGACAGAACAAAUCAGAUUUUCAAAACACUCAGCUCACAGUGCAAACGACCAAGAUAGAAGGCACUAUUUCCUAUCCCCUGGAGGAAACCAAAAUGACACGCUCUUACCCUGAUGAAACGUUCCAUGCUUUCAAAAGAAUGAAGUCCAGAAGCUUUGUCUAUUCCCAGGGAAGAAAGCUGGUGGGUGGGGUCGACGACUGGCACACCGAGUGCAGCUCGGUCACGGGCGCAGUUGAGCAGUGGACGGCAGAAUGGAGAUGCCAGGUUCAAAAAGUCACACGUUCUCGCAGCACCGACAUCCCUUCCUUCGUGUCGGAAGUUGCCGUGCAAGCGGAGCAGACGGAACGAUUUGCGGAUACCGAAGAUGAAAACUGUGUUUCUAGAACACUCCCCCAACUCUCUCGUUUAUCCCUCGCUGUUACGGACAGAACUGGGAAGGAAAACUUACUGUCUGUGAAACCAGAGCAAACUUUGGGAUUCCCAUCUCUAAGGUCAAAAAGUUUACACGGCCAUCCUAGUAAUGUUAAAUCCAUUCAGGGCAAGUUAGACAGAUCCGGACACGCCAGCAGUGUAAGUAACCUAGGAGUUGUGUCCGGAAUCACAACGCCAGAAUACAAGGUUAAGCAAGAGAAAACUUCCACAGAAACCGAGUGCUAACCUGCUUUGUUUCUUUGAUUUUUUUAAAACCAUCAGAACUGGUUAUCUAAGCAUCAUAAAUUACUGACAAUGUUUUAAUUAAAAAUGUUUGGAAAUUCGGACUUAAUUUAAAACCUAAUGCACUAAACUUAAAGUAGUAUUUUGUUACGUAUGUUAGUAAACGUAGUUUUUUUUAGUUGGAGUAGGAUCUAAGGAAAGUGACAAUACUCCAACCAAGAUAAAUUAGUUAAUCAGUAUGCAAGAUUAUACAAUCUGUUCAUUCCUGAGGGCCACCAACUAGCCUAAGAAAUGUCUUUGGGCAUCGACAUCAUCAUCAAGUCACUUAAGGAGUAAGAAACUA